GCCGGCCAUGCUCGCUCGCCCUCUUCGUCUCAUCUCUCGCUGUAGCCAUUGCUAUUGCUGUCGUCGCCGCCCGCCGACAUGAGCUCGACCGCCGUUGACACUGCGCCUGCCGUCGCGCGACACGAUAACAGCAGCACAACGUCGUCUCUUCCCCGCCAGCGCCUACCCGUCAGAUCGCAGACAUGGGAGCCCUCUCAGCAGCAGCAGCCGGUGCGCCGCAGCUCCAUCUUCUCCGACUUCUCCUUUGACGACACCAAGCGCUCUGUGCGCUCUUCCACCGACAACCUGCGCGACAUGGACAUUGAGCCCACCAACUGGCACUCGGUGCCGCUGGCCUUUGCCAUUCUGCCCGCCGUUGCCGGCAUCUUCUUCAACAAUGGCAACGCCGUUGUCACCGACAUGCUGCUACUGGGCCUGGCUACAAUGCUGCUCAAUUGGUGUAUCAGGAAGCCAUGGGAAUGGUACAAUUCACUUCAGGUCCCUACGUCUGCUGAGCCGCCUCCGCCAGUUGGACUGGAUUUUUCAGGCACCAUACCAGAAGAGGAGGCUGAGGGCGAGGAGGCACUGGGAAAACCCGCUGCCGCCGAUGCACAGACCGCGCGGGAGGAGUUCAAUGACGAAGAGCAACAACCCGGCGUGCCUGACCACCCGCCAGAGUAUCCCCGCGCUCUCUCCGAGCUCCGUCAAGACGAGCAACUUGCCUUGGCGUGUUGCUUCUUAGCGCCAAUCGCAGGCGCCUAUCUCCUCCACGCCAUCCGUGGUGUCCUAUCACGUCCUACCGAAGGCCUUGUUUCUAACUACAAUCUUUCUAUUUUCCUGCUUGCGGCUGAGAUGCGGCCCGUGUCCCAUCUUUUCAACAUGCAAAUUGCUCGAGCAAAACAUCUACAACGCGUCGUAACCGAGUACUCCCGCCCUGAAAGCGGCAAACUUAAUUCAGAAAUCGUCCAAGAUCUCCAAACUCGCAUUAGUGAGCUAGAAGCCCACAUUGCCAAUGCUGCUAGCACGAGCGCCUCCGGCAAAAACGACAAAGUCAAUAAUGCUUCUCCCGCUGAGGUAGCCAAUACGGUCCGCCAGUCGUUUCAGCCGCAGCUCGACGCGCUCACUCGUGCCGUUCGCCGCUAUGAAAAACGCGUCACGACACAGACGAUGGUGACAGAGGGCCGUUUACAAGGUCUUGAGAGUAGGUUGAACGACGCAUUCACUCUGGCUGCAGCUGCAGCUCAAAACAAACAGCAAAAAUCCAGCGUUGUAGCAUUACUGCUGGAUGCGAUUAGUACAUUGUUUAUGCUUCCAUUGCAGGCAGUGUGGAUAACAUUUGUGUAUCCGUUCAACGUAAUUAUGGGUGGGUUUGGAGGCAUGAAGGUUUGGCUCUUUGGUCCGGACAGGAAGCCAGAGAGAAAAGGGAAAUCCAGGGCGAAGGGGUCGUACGGGCAUGCGAGCUCAGGUGGUUAUAAAUCACCACCCGGCAGCGCAAAGAGAUCGUAG